AAAGAAGCAGGAAAUGUAGAAAUUCAACUAAAAGACAUCAAAUCCAGCGAGGAGGAAUGCGGGAGGAGUCUUUUUGGUAAAGUAGUAGGCGACCGGCCGACGAGUAUGCUGGGGAUAAAGCGUACAAUGACGACCAUAUGGAAGCUCCAGCUAGCUAUGGAAGUGAAGGAGAUUAGCUCGAAUUUCUUCCAGUUUAUCUUUGCGUCUCAGGAAGAUAAGAGGAAGGUGGUCUCUGGGCAUAACUGGAUAUAUGAGAACCAAUAUCUCAUCCUCAAAGAAUGGUUCCCAGGUCUUCAUAGCUCGCACAAAUGCUUCGAUGAAGUGAUGAUCUGGGUACAGAUCCUAAACGUACCUCUUAACUGGAUGAGUACGGAGGUGGGGAUGCGCAUUGGGCAAAUCUUCAAUAGGGUGAAUAACGUUGUUAUCUGCAAAAUGGGAGGGGAGCAAGGUAGUUUCAUUAAAAUCUUGGUAGCCCUCAAUCUGAAAGAGCCAAUUCCUAGGUGUACUUCGGUUAAAUUGGGGGAGGAGAGAGUUCUUGUGGCAUUUAGGUAUGAAAGACUGGUUAAUCUCUGCUAUUAUUGUGGGCAUAUUGGCCACUUGCACAGAGGGUGUAAAAUAAGGGAAGAAAACAUUGAAAAUAAUUCAGUGGAGGAAGGUCUGUUCGGGGAAUUGUUGAAGGCUCUUGAAACUUUCCCAGGAGGUAGAUAUAGCCAAACCAGCAGUUCUGGAGACAAAGGCAAUCAACCUAUACAACAGGUCCACCCGGAUUCGCUGGUAUCUGCUAAUACUACUCCCAGCAGUAAGAAGAUCUCUGUUUCAAGUUCAAAAGAUCUGAUUGUGGAGCAAAAUGUUGAUGAUAUGCCGGAAGACUCACACAUUGGGGUUGAAGUCAGGGGUGUGAUUGCAGAUGCAGCCCCAACCACACCACUACCAGAAUCUCUACUAGAAACUCCCACGAGUUUGGAGCAGUAUAUGGAGGUGGAAAACCACAUUAAUAUGAAGGAAAUUAGAGUUCCUCCAUCAGGUAGCAAUAAAGAGGAGGAAGCAGGACUGGGUGGGCCCUCUACAGUUUCCCAGAUCAAGGACUCUAGAAGAGUUCACCACCCAAAUGUAAUUUUUCUUUCUGAAACAAAAAAGUCUCUAAAAUUUACGUCAACAGUUUGCAAAAAAUUGGGGUUUGGUAGUAGAUGGCACCUUGAAAGGCCAAGUGGGACUAAAGGGGGAUUGCUUGUCAUGUGGGAUUUGGAAACUGAGGUCAAACAAAUUAUUAGUAAUGACUUAUGCAUACAAAUGGAGCUGAGAGGGGAGGGUUUUAGUAGUGGGGUUUGGAUGAUCUUUGUCUACAUGAAUUCUGACAAGGCUAUUAGAAGAAGACAAUGGGAGUUUUUGAUUGACAAGAAGAUGAACUGGGGCACCUGUUGGAUGAUAGCGGGUGACUGGAACGAUAUCAUAAGCAAUGAAGAAAAAAGAGGAGGGCUUAGGAGGUUGGAAUCCAGCUUCUCUGAGUUCAGACAAUUCAUUGAAGAAAUGGAAAUGUUGGAGGUUGAUCAGCAAGGCUCAUUCUUUACCUGGGGCAAUAACAGAGCUUCUGAUGGCUAUGUUGAGGAGAGGUUAGAUAAGGUGUUCUCUUCUUGGGACUGGAUGACUAACUUUCCCAACAUGAAGGUUUCAAACUUCUACAGAUCGGCUUCGGAUCACAAUGUUAUCCUUAUUAACACAGAUACUGAAGUGGGAAAGAGAAGGAAAAGAUUCUUAUUUGACAAAGCUUGGGUGAAGAUGGAGGGAGUGACUGAGGCAGUUAAAGAGGGCUGGCAGGUUGAGGUGGAGGGAUCUUUUAUGUUCCAGGUGCACCAGGAAAUCAAACAAACAAGGAUGGCUCUCUUAUCCUGGUACAAACCCAUCCAUAGGAACAGUGACAAGGAGAUCAAACAACUGACUUCUAAAAUGGAGGAUAUGAGGAAGAAUGGCCAGAAUAUUGAUUGGAAGGACUGGUCUGAGACAAAAACUAAAUUGGAUGAUGCACACAGGGCCGAAGAACAGUUCUGGAGAAUCAAAUCUAGGGCAAUGUGGCUCAAAGCUGGAGACUCGAACACCCGUUUUUUUCAUGCUUUUACCUCCCAAAGAAGAAAGACAAAUUCAAUCCAUAAGUUGGCCACAAGGGUCGGGCUGAUAUGUGAUAAACAGGACACCAUUGUUGCCCACAUCUCUGAGUUUUACUCAACUCUGUUCACUUCAGAAGGCACUACUGAUGCUUUUCAUGCAAAUCUAUUGCUGGAGAUUCUCCAAAAGUACCAAAGAUUUUCGGGCCAGAAGGUCAACUUAUAUAAAUCCUCUAUGUUUCUGAGCAAGAACUGCAGUGAAGGUCUGAAAAAUAACAUAUGCUCUAUAUUGAAUGGUGUGGUUGUGAAAAGAUCAUCUAAAUAUUUGGGAUUACCAUUGGGGAUAGGGGCUUCUAAAAAGGAGGCUUUUCAGUAUGUGGUGGACUCUGUUUUGAAUAAGAUUGGCAGCUGGAAGAAUAAUUUCUUGUCCACUGCUGGCAAGGAAGUACUGGUUAAGUCUGUGCUGCAAGCUUUACCUGUAUUU